AAUCCUGAACUUACUAUAUAUAUAAGCUUAAAAUGAGAUUGAUUUCUCUCUCAAUUUGAAACUAUUCUCUAUUUAAAAACAAGAAUAGGCCACUGCUUUCUCCCAUGCACUUGUCUUGUUCACAACACUCCUUCCUUAAGUGUUUUUUAAUUUCUUCUUCAUGGCUCCCUUAUCUCUCUGUCCAUAACUUGUCUCUUCUCUCUUCUUCUCUUUCUUUUUAAACUCCCCUCCCACAGAAAACUCAUACACAUAUCAAUUCAUUUUCAAGAUUCUAUCUGACAACUCACUUAACUACAUCUCUCUCUCUCUGGCCUUUUGUUCUUUCUUGAGUUUUGAUUAAUUUCCUUUCUCUUAGUUUCACUGACAAUAUAAUGUCAAGCAGAAGAUCACGUUCCAGAAUAAGUGAUGAUCAGAUUGCUGAUCUCGUUUCCAAGUUGCAACAACUUAUUCCUGAAAUUGGCAAUAGGCGCUCUGACAAGGUGUCAGCUUCAAAAGUGCUGCAGGAGACUUGCAAUUAUAUUAGAAAUUUACAUAGAGAAGUGGAUGGCCUAAGUGAAAGAUUAUCACAGCUUUUGGAAUCAACUGACAGUGAUAGUGCUCAAGCUGCCAUUAUUAGAAGCUUACUUAUGUAGCUGGAGUAUUAAUUAGCUCAGCUUCUACUUGAUUAAAAUUUCUAUAUUAAGAUGCAGCAGCUAUUAUUAAAUUAGGGUUUUUGGCCACUAGGUCAAAGUACUGUCUCUUCUUUUUUCCCUCUAUGCUUAGACUAGCUAGCAUUGGCGAGCUAUACAUUAAAAUAAGAGGUACAUCUAUUUAAUUCUCUGCUUAGAUUUUCCAAUUUUGAAUAGUUUUUACUUAUGUUGUAUUGUUGUAUCCAUCCAUUUUAAGAACUGAUCCUUCUAUGAUCAGCAUUUUUUUAAGUAUAUAAGUAUUGAAGAUAUUUUAUCGCUCGGUAUCA